CAUCAGAAGCUGCUGGUGCAUCCCAGCUGCCAGGUCUGCUGGCCCGGCGCUACCAUCGCCCGCACCCCCCGACCCUGACCAUGGUCAUCGAAGCCGUGCGGGCCCAGGACCAGAAGAAGGGGGUCUCCGUCAUCGCCAUCAAACGGUUCAUCCUGGGCAAGUACCCCUCCGUGAACCCCAUCCACCUCAAGUACCUGCUGAAGCAGGCGCUGAGCAAGGGGCUGAGCCGCGGGGACCUGGUGCGGCCCCGCAACUCCUCUGCCACGGGGGCCACCGGCCGCUUCAAGUUAGCCCCCAAGAAGCUGCAGCAGAAGCCACUGCCGGGCCAGGCGGAUCCUGACAGAGGACAAGCCCUGCAGCCGGCACAGAAGAGGACCACCAAGCUCCCCAAGGCCCCUGCAGAGGGUGGACAGCAGCGAGGUGCCAAGGAGGAGAAGCUGACAGCAGUGAAGAAGCCAAAGGCAAAGCUUGUGGAUGCCUUGCCACCAGCAGCAGUGAAGCCUGGGAGCAACGGAGCGAAGCCCCCACGAGCUGCGACCCAGCCCCGGGCCCCUGGCAAAGGGCGUUUGGGACCUCCUGCAGCUCCAGCUGAUGAGGAUGCAGGAGGGGGCCCUGGUGACAACCCUGCAGGUGCUGGGGUGAAGGGGCCUCGAAAGGUCCCAGUGGCAAAGAGCAAGGGAAAAGCACCAAAGGGGGCUCAGCAGGACCCCCCCAAGGCAAAGCAGGGUCAAGGCAAGGUGGGGAAGCCCCAGGUGACCCCAGGAGCGGGCCAGAGGAAGGUCAAGCAACAGAAGGCAGACACUGGUGUGGGCAAGAAGGCUCCAUAG